AAUUUUAAGGAGCCUCGUGUAGUCAUCGUCGUCGUACUUCUUUUUUUGUUUGCCUGUCUACGCCGUCAAAAUCUAACGGCUCGUUUAUGACCAUGCAAACCUCAAUGACGAUGAAUCUACGGCCGUCAGGUGAUUCUGGUUCAUCUGAUGUCGAAGCUGAGAUCAGCGAUGGCUUUUCACCGCUCGAUACAUCUCACAGAGACGUCGCUGAUGAAGGUUCGUUGCUGAGAAGAGCAGAGAUGUAUCAAGAUUACAUGAAGCAAGUUCCUAUUCCGACAAAUCGUGGUUCAUUGAUUCCGUUUACAAGUUGGGCUGGAUUAAGCAUCUCUAUCAAGCAGCUUUAUGGUCAGCCUUUGCACUACCUCACCAAUGUUCUGUUACAACGAUGGGAUCAAUCAAGACUUGGUACUGAUUCUGAAGACCAGGCUUUGGAUUCAAUCAUUCAUCCUUCUAAAGCUGAAGCUACAAUCUGGCUUGUUGAAGAGAUACAUCGCAUCACUUCGUCUCAUCUUCACAUUGCUCAUCUCUGGAGUUCUGAUCCCAUGUAUCACUCUUUCAUUGACCCAAUCUUUCCUGAGCAAUGAAAUGCGAUGAACACCUCUUUUUGUAUCUACUUUGUUUCCGGAAACCUUGUUCAAGCAUUGGAGCUUAUAAAUAAUUGCAGGGUCUAUGUCUCCUCUUUUUUAACUUUAGAAAAUGAAAUGUGAAUCUUCUUCCUCUU